UCACCGGCGGUUCGCUCAUCACCGGCCCAAUAAAUCGAGUACAGAACAGUGGGGUCGAAAUCACACUCAUCCUCUGGAAAGAAGUCCUUUACGUAGUCGGACGUUGUGACUUGCUUUUCGCCGUCUAGCUCAUACUUUACGUAGACGAAAUACAUUUCUGCAACUAAAGACCGAUGAAACCGAAAAGUAAGCGAUAGUCCGCAACCUGACAACUGAAAACAAAAGCAGCUGUCUUGCACAAUGUUGCCAAAUGCCGAACACGUACUCCCCACACACAGCGAAUUCAGUGAAUUUGCCACUGCACUGCAUGGUUUAUAUCCUUACAAAGCUAUACUGAUUACUGAAACACACAGUUAAAUUGUUCUAAUUAUCAUUUGUUACAAAAUUGUAAGUACUUUCUUGUUGUAGGCAAAAUAUUUCACGGUGUAAUUCCAUUACUUCUCACGCGUUUUACGUUAAUGUGGCUUGGCCAAGCUCAGCGAGAAAGGAGAGAAAAAGAAGAAAAACAUCAAAAGUGUUUUUGGCCGUUUAGCGCGCGCAUUUUAAUUCAUCGUAAGGAUCUCUCCCGAUGGUAAAGUGGAUAAUGUGAGCAGAGCCUUGCAACUCGUGUAGUGUAGCAGCGUGGACGCUUCUGCGCCUAGCACAAACAAAAAUGAGCUCCCCCCCGGAGAAGAGGCGCCGGGGACCGUAUCGGAGGUGGAUGGAGCCUGACGCGGAAAGAUGCCUCCCAAGGCAGACAAGGCAUAAUGACAGAAUGCGGCAGGAAAACGAGGCCAGUGCUACCACAUCUUCAGUACCUGCUUCAGUGCCUUCGACAUCUACUGCCUGCCUGGACGAGGUUGCUCAACCAAGACAUUGUCAGCAUAGCGAUGAUGACGCAGACAUGCCCGAUGUACCUUACGAAUUAAGUGGUUCCAUAAAUGAGGAGGAAGCAAGUUAUGACAGUGAGAAUUCAAAUGAUGAUGACACUGAAGACACUGAAGCCGAGUUCCACGCAUUCCUUCAGGCCUGUUGUGCAGAAACUUUACCCAAUCAGACAACUACAAAGGGGCAGGCCAUAGUGUUGGUCCUACUGUAUGUGGUGAAGGCUGGGCUUUCAUGGACACAGCUUGACGGUUUGUUAAACCUCAUCAAUGCACUGUUUGGUGGUGACGUUCUGCCGAGAUCCAAAUACAUGUUUAGGAAAAUCUAGCACAAGCGGCAAGAACAGCUUUUGAAGCUGCAUUAUUUCUGCAAUACCUGCUUUGCUCACCUCGGAAAUCGUGGAAGAUAUGCAAAAGGCUGUAAAUUCACGUGUACUUUUUGUCAUGAAGACUAUCACAGGUAAACUACUUUCAUCUGGAAGUUUCUUCAUCAUCCUUGACAUGAAGAAACGUCUGCAGAUGCUACUGAAGCAUGUUGGGACGACCCUCCUACACUCCCUUCGCACACUUUCUACACGGUCUUGGAUUGGAGUAUACAAUGACAUUACGGAUGGUCAGUUGUAUCAGGAUGCACGUCGAAGACUCAAGAUGAAGUGGAGUGACCUAACAGUUAGUUUUAGCAGCGAUGGCUCACCUGCUUUUGAGUCAAGCAACAGCUCAGUGUGGCCAGUUCAAAUAGUGAUAAAUGAACUGCCAGUGAAAAUGCGCUGGAGGAAUGUCAUUGUUUGCGGAUUAUGGUUUGCAAAGGUCCACCCCCCUGUCCACCAUUUUUUGAGUGCAUUUGUGCAACACUUCGUCGGCAUGGGGCCAGUUGUCUGGAAGACACUGAACCAAGUUGUCACGUCGCAAAUUUAUGCUAUCUCCUGCAUCGCUGAUUCUCCAGCUCGUGCCUCAAUCUUAAACAGGAAACAAUUCAACGGCUUUUAUGGCUGCUCAUGGUGCCUCAAGAAAUGCGAGCUGGUGGAUGGCACACUCAAGUAUGCAGAAAAACCAGGAGAAUCUCAUAUUGAGAGGACUCAUGACAGUGUCCUUCAAGCGAUGAAGCUCGCUGUGUUGCGAAAAAGGGAUGUUGACGGAGUCAAGGGACCAAGCCCUGUUGUCAAGCUGAAGGGAUUGGAUGUAGUCUGGGGAGUACCUCCAGACUACAUGCAUUGUGUACUGCUUGGUGUGGCGAAACAUCUAGCAGAACUCUGGCUGUCAUCACCUGGACAAGGGUACUACAUUGGUCGGAAGGUGAAUGCUAUCAAUAGCCGUAUCUGUGCUAUUAGGCCACCAACAUCUUUCACGAGGCUACCACGCUGCCCAUCACAGUAUUCACUCUGGAAAGCGUCUGAGUGGAAGAACUGGGUUCUCUAUUACAUGUUGCCUACGUUAAAUGGCAUACUUUCUACAUCUUUUUUAAUACAUGCGUCACUACUUACAGAAGGGCUAUUCUUGCUUCUGCAGAAUAGUGUCACAGAUGCUCAUGUCAGAAGAGCUGAGUAUUUGUUCAAGACUUUUGUAUAUGACACAGCAAGGUUGUAUGGAGACCAUGCCGUAAAAUUCAACGUGCACCAACUCCUUCAUCUUGCGAAAAGUGUACGUAUGCUUGGACCACUGUGGGCAACUUCAAUGUUCCCAUUUGAGGGUGGUAAUGGGAAAGUUAUGAGCCUCUUUUCGGCAGCUAAAGGAGUUCCACUUCAGAUCGCUGAACGUUUGGUCAUGAACGACACACUACAAAGUAUGUUGCACAUUUUCCCCCUCUCCGGCUGUGUGCAGGCUUGUGCAGAAAAGCUUUUGAAAGUAAAACAGGAAAGUGAAUGUUCCCAAGGGCUUGGGGCAGUAAGGUGCGACAAAUCGUUGUCAGACAUUGCUGCCUCCUUGCUUUUUGAAAGGGUUGGCAGGGUGGUGACAGUAGAACACUUUUCCAGAGCACGUAUAAGCAACAUCAUUAUUCAUGCAUCUGAGUAUGGGCGCACACAAAAAACUUGCUCAUGCUAUUUAAAGAUGAAAGAUGGCAGCUUUUGUAUGGUGCAAGAGAUUUAUACAUUCCGGGAACAGUUUCAAAGGGUGGCGCUUCUUUGCAAGCGCUUACUUCUGCUACCUAGUGAAUUGGGCCAUGCUACGCACAUCCACAAAUGUGACCACCCUCCAUCUCUUGAAGGAUUGUGUGUAUAUUUAGAUGAUGAUGUUGACUGCCAGGUGGUUUUUGUCUGUGUUGAGCAGGUGGGAUAUUUGUGUGAGCAGCCGAACAUAUGGGAGACAGACUAGACUGAGUGGCAGCACACAGUUUUGACUACCUCAAAACCGUGACUUAUAGAAGAGGCUGUGUAAUUUAUGAGUUCUAUGCACACUCAGCCAUACACAUGCCAUUCACAAUAGUGAAGCUGAAGGAGCAUAGCAAAAAGUGUUUUCUUUUCUCCUUGCUUCAUUCAGCAAUAUUUCUUUGAAGUUAUGCAAAUAAUGAUUCUUUUGUAUCCCAUUCUUUUUAACAUUAUCUUCUGUCUUCGCUGUGUGCACAGUGUGUGAUUGGAUUUUUUUAUCUCGGAAGUUGAUAUUGCUGCCUGAAUGUACUGGUCUUGUGUGGUAUACAGUCUGCAUUGGGCAAAUAAAGGGAAAUAAAGAGCGACUACGCUUAAAUUGUACCAUGCAAAGUUCACGAUAAGUUAAUAUUAAUAUUACGCAUAUCUAAAUACUACUCUUAUAAAGUAUACCGUUCAUCUGUCAAAACAUAUUUUAUUGCAACUUCUAUUCGCAAGCGUAUAAAUUACUGUUUUUAGCACACAGAGUUGCAUGUCGUCAAACAUAUGAAGCUGCAUUUUACACCCGGGGAAAUUCACCAGGGAUUUUUAAACGGCUGUGAAGAACACCGGACAUUAAUUUUUGAACGUUACUCUGCAUUUACGUUGUGCACCAUGCAAGCAAUUAAAGUACUUCUGUUAGCACCACAGGUGACACUGCCACAUGUAUCAAGUUUUACUUAUAUAUCUGUGCAAAUUCACCACUUAUCCUCAGAAAAGUGCAAAGUGGG